AUGACAUCGCCAAUCGCACCUCUCCGAAGUCUUCCAGCAUCUAUUCAUUUCAUUCCUAGCUUCAAUCUCAUCCCAAACAUAUCCCUGCAAAAUUAUCCUCUCAUCAUGUAUCACGAAUGCUUCCCACAGUCGAAUUCAGCCGCCACCAUCAAGGCCCACCUAAGGUUCGUCGGCGUUGUCGAGCCCCGACUGUACAGCACGACAUACUUUCAUAGCAUUACUAAUAAACUAUGUUUUGGUGGAGAGGACAAUCCCGGAAGGGUGGAGGCGGAAGGUAAGAGGGGGGAUGUUGUUACCGUUCCUGCAGGCGUGGGACGCGGGCUCUUACAAGACCUGGAUGGUCGGUUUGAGAUGGACAUGUGUUAUGGUAGAGAGGGCGAGAAGACAAAGAUUGAUUCCAUCAAAGACUUGGGAUGGUUUGACAAAAACCCCAUUUACGGUUACGCACUCCGGGUAGUACAUGGUGGUGUGUAA